AUGGAAAAAAAUAAAAGUCAGAAAGAGACGCUUUCAAAUGAAAAUACAAGUAAAGCAGAACGAAAUUUUAUUAACAUACAUGUGAAUCAGGAAACGAACAAUGAUACAAUUACUAAUUAUAAUGAAGCUUCAUUGAGUAUUGCAUCCUGUAGCUUAAUUCAAAUUCAAUCAAAUAUCAAACUCUACCGUCGAAUGGCACUUAAGACUCAAAAUGAGGAUAUACAAAUGACUUAUGCCAAAUAUUUACUACAAAUUGCUAAGCUUUAUAACAAGCAAGGUAAAACUCCUGAGCAGACAAGACAUCGUUUACUUUCAGAAGCAGCUUAUUGGAUUGUGCGACUGGCUAAAGCUAAAAAACCAGAAGCGUUAUUCAUUAAAGGACGUUGGUGCUUAUUGGGCCCAGAAGCAGAAGAAUGUGUCAUACGAGGUUAUGAAAAAACUCAAGAAAAUAAAGCUUUCAAAUGUUUUUUAAGUGCUUCAAAAGGAGGUUGGACAGAAGCACACUACGAGCUUGCUCAGUUAUGGAAGAUUCGUGGUAAAUUUGCAAAAGCUAUACAGUAUUAUGAGAAGGGUGCAAAGGAAAAUCAUACACUAUCUAUUUAUAAAAUGGCCAAAAUAUUAUUACGUGGACAGUUGAAACAUAAAGUAGAUAUUCCCCGAGGAAUGGCUUAUUUGAAACAAGCAGCUGAUAUGAAUGAUUUUGCUUCAGCAGAACCAGCAUUUGUUUUGGGAUGUAUCUACGCGCAUGAAUUUGAUUGUAUUGUUAAUUAUCCCUUAGCGCUAACUUAUUUAAAAAAAUCAUGUCAAAAAGGUUAUCCAGAUGCAUUGUAUUUUAUGGGUCAAAUAUUGGAAACAGGCAAAUUAGGACAGCUUAGUGAUUCAUGGCAAGCUUAUCAGUAUUAUGUCAAAGCAGCUGAUGCGGAUCAUGUAGGUGCUAUGUUAGAUCUUUCACGAAUUUACUCUCAGGGUAUUCCAGGAUUACUGGCUGCACAAAAAGAAAUUGCAUUCAAAUGGUGUUCAAAGGCUGCAGACCUUGGAUUUGAUCAAGCUGAAUAUGUACUAGGGUAA